CCCAAACACCCUCCUAUUCUUUUCCUCACUCAGUCUUCCCUUUGCUCAGCCUCAAUGACACUCCUCUUGUCCCGGCCUUACCGCCCCCACAAGUAACCUCAAUUCUCAACAUAUCUCUCCCCCAUUAGGCAUUAACAUACACAUACACACACUGAACAUCCAUUAUCGAAUAAAGUCAGUCUUCUACUAUGCUUUUCCAUGGACACAAUCAUCAACUCAGCACUCGAAGAAAUCUGUUCACAGGGGCAGAACGGCGUCGCUCUCCCGACCCUCUGGACCCGGCUCCAACCAGCCCUCUCGACCUCGAACCUGGACCUCUCCCCGGGCGUCAAGAAGGCCAUCUGGGGCGGACUUUUAAGCGUCCCGACCCUCCAAUUCCAAGCCCAAAAUGUCUCACACAGUGCCUCUGACCCUUCAAUUCAGUCUUUCGAAGAUGCCCAGAAGCUGAACUUGAAGAUUGUUGCCAAAGAGCAUUUGAGGGACAACUUUGUUGGGCUUUACAACGUUCAGUCCGCCAAUGCCAACAUGUCUUCCCCACAAAGACGCGCACUGGAACGCCUCGCCAUCGCUAGAACAAAUGGGAUUACACAAAGUCAACUGGGCAAGGAAUUUGGCAUUGAAGGGAAGAACUUGUUUUAUGUAGUGAGGAACCUUGAAUGUCAAGGGUUGAUUGUGAGGCAAUCUGCAGUUGUAAGGACGAAAGAAGCUGGCAAUGAAGGGGAGCCAAAAAACAGUCAGAGUGUGACUACCAAUUUAAUGUACUUGUAUCGCUAUGCAAAAGCAUUGGGCUCCCAACAAAAAAUUGAGAUUACCAAGGAAGAAUGGACUAUAGAAAAUGUAGGGAAAGCCGAUGAAAGUGGCACACAUAGAGAUGGUUUUUCCGGAAAAUGUGUAAAAGAGGAUGUGCAUGUAAAGGAUUAUCUACCGGCAAUGAAAGCUGUCUGUGAUAAACUUGAAGAAGCCAAUGACAAGGUUCUUGUUGUCUCAGAUAUAAAAAAGGAUCUUGGUUAUUGUGGAGCUCCUUCAGGGCAUAAAGACUGGAGAAAAAUUUGUGACAGGUUGAAAGAUGCCCACAUUGUUGAGCAGUUUGAUGCCAAAGUGAAUGGGAAGAUUGAGUCUUGCCUGCGUUUGCUCAAAAGUUUUUCGCCAAAGAACUUUGAACCAAAAACUCUUGGAUGUGGAGAUGAUAAUUUUGAGGAAGAACAGCAAGUGAACUUUGGAAAGAAAUCUCAAAUCACUGAGCAACUUGUAGAGCUUCCCAUUGAGCAUCAGAUAUAUGAUAUGAUUGAUGCAGCUGGAUCAGAGGGAUUGACUGUGAUGGAGGUAUGCAAGAGGCUGGGGAUUGACAACAAAAAGAACUAUAACCGGCUGGUUAAUAUAUUCUCUAGAUUUGGAAUGCAUCUGCAAGCAGAAAACCACAAAAAAUGCAUGUUAUAUCGAGUUUGGACAUCUGGGAAUUUGAGUUCUGAAUCUGCUAAUGUGUUUUUGAAUAAAUCAAAAAAUUUUGUUGAUGAAAAUAUAGUUUCCAAUCUCCCUGUUGGCAAUCUAGAUGCUUCUAGGAGAUCAUCUCAAAUUCUUUCAGAGUAUGAUCCAUCAGCUUCAGAAGGUGAUGUUGCUAGUCCUGGAAAAAUGAUAUAUAGUCAAAUUAAUACCGAAGUUUCUCAUGGAACCCCUGGGGAUGGUGAGUCUAAUAGUAUGCUUCUUGAUGCUGGCAACUCAUUCCAUGAGCCAAGAGGCUCAGUAUCCGAUGCAGAACUUAAUAUUGUGAGCACAAGGCUCGAAACAAAUGUUGCUUCAUCAGAAACACCUCCUCUUGCUGUCUUGAAUCCACUUAAUCCUGGAUCAUAUCAGAGGUAUCCGUGUCUGACUUUGACUGUGGAUGGCGCUCGAAGGGAGCAAAGAAUACUUGAACGGUUACAGGAUGAGAAGUUCAUUCUGAGAGGUGAGCUUUAUAAAUGGCUUGUGAGUCUUGAGAAGGACAAGUACACAACAACCGAUAGGAAGACCAUUGACCGAAUUCUAAACAAACUUCAGCAACAAGGGCACUGCAAAUGUGUACACAUUAAUGCUCCUGUUGUCACAAAUUUUGGCCGUAGCCGUGUCACUCAGGUGGUUCUGCACCCAUCUAUUCAAAGUUUAUCCCCUGAACUACUUGGUGAAAUUCAUGAUAGACAUAGGUCUUUUGAAAUGCAAAGUCGUGGCCAGGGUUCAUCUCGGGGGAAGAAUGAGGAAUCAGUUCCUGUUUUGAAGGGUGUUCAGAGGACUGAGAAUCAUGUAGGUUCUGAUGUCCAAGCUGUUAGAUCAGAAGCCAUGCGUGCUAAUGGAUUUAUAUUGGCAAAAAUGGUUCGUGCAAAGCUGCUGCAUUGCUUUCUGUGGGAUUACCUGAAUAGCUCAGCUGGUUCUAGUGGUGCUUCGUCAUCUGAAAAACAUGUCUAUGAGGUGAAUAGCCCUCAGAGUAGUUGCAAACUGUUUUCAUUAGAAGCAGCAAUUAAGGCCAUUCCAGUUGAGCUGUUCUUACAAGUUGUGGGAUCCACUCAAAAAUUUGAUGAUAUGAUUGAGAAGUGUAAGAGGGGAUUGCUUCUCUCUGAUCUUCCUAUUCAGGAGUACAAGCAUCUGAUGGAUACUCAUGCUACUGGAAGGCUUUCAUUGGUUAUUGACAUUUUACUGCGGUUGAAGUUGAUUCGAAUGAUAACUGAUGGACAUCUUAAAGGACUCGAGGUCCCACAUGCCAUUUUUACACAUGCAAUGGAGCUUAAGCCUUACAUAGAGGAACCACUUUCAAAAUAUGCAACAUCUUUAAGUUUUAGUGCUCUUGAUCUACGCCCACGAAUGAGACAUGACUUUAUCCUGUCAAGUAGAGCAGCUGUUGAUGAGUAUUGGCAAACUUUGGAGUAUAGCUAUGCUGCUGCUGAUGUUGAAUCUGCUUUACUUGCAUUCCCUGGAUCUGCUGUUCAUGAGGCUUUCCUUUUUCGGUCAUGGGCUUCAGUUAGGGUAAUGACAGCUGAUCAGCGUGCUGAGCUCAUACACCGUGUGGUGCAGGAUGAUCUAAGUGAAAAACUUUCAUAUAAAGAUUGUGAGAAGAUUGCGAAGGAUCUCAAUCUCACCUUAGAGCAGGUGCUUCGUGUGUAUUAUGAUAAGCGCCAACAACGUCUUAAUAGAUUUCAGGGUAAAGGGGAUGAGUUCCAACCAGUCAAAAGAAAACGCAGUUCAUCUUCUCAGAGCAGGGAAAGAUCUUCCAAAGUGAGGUCAAUAAAGCUCACCAGAGUUGACACUGAAACUGGACAGUUGGACAAGCAGAGAUUUAAUAGAUCACCUGAUACUGUUAACCAAUUUAUGGAAGAGAAAAAUGUUUUUGCCUCUCAUUCAGGAGAGCAUAACAUUAAUUUGCAAACAAUUCAAGAGUAUGAUGAUAUAGAAACCGGGGAUCCAGGACCAAGUGAAGAUGAGUAUCAUUCCUUUAUCAGUCGGUGUGCCUUUUCGAACAAUAAUCCAACUCGUCAAAGAAGGUUUUCAUGGACAGAUGAAGCUGACAGGCAAUUGGUGAUCCAAUAUGUAAGACACCGUGCAGCUCUUGGCGCAAAAUAUCAUCGCACAAAUUGGGCUUCACUUCCUGACCUUCCAGCACCUCCAAGUACCUGUAAGAAAAGAAUGGCAUUACUGAACACUAACAGAAAAUUUAGAAAAGCCCUAAUGAGGCUCUGUAACAUGCUCAGUGAACGGUAUGCUAAACAUCUAGAAAAAGCCCAGAACAGGUCACUAAAUAAAGAUGAUUGUAGACUACUUGUGCGAAGUUCACUGGUGGAAGGUCUCAACAGGAAUUUUUCCAACGGUGAAGAACAUAUCCAACAGAUGGGUUUGGAGGAAACGCCAUGGGAUGAUAUUGAUGACAAAAGCAUAAAAACAGCUCUUGAUGAGGUUAUUCUGUACAAGAGGAUGGCUAAACUGGAGACCUCCAAAAGAGUUGGAUCUGCAUAUGAGGAGUCGUCAAAUCUAAUAAGCAAGAAUGCUGAAAAAUAUGAUUCUCAGGAAUCUGAAUUGGUUGCAUCAGAUACUGCUCGUCAGGAUGUUCAGAACCAUGGUGGGAUACUACAGAAAAAUUUUGUCCGAAAAUCACGUCAUCGCCUUCAUCAGAAGUUUAUUAAGCUUUUGAAUGAAGGGGUAAAUGUUAGUAGACGAGUACAUGAAUCAUUGGCUGUUUCCAAUGCUGUAGAGCUAUUUAAGCUUGUCUUUUUAAGCACCUCGGCAGCACCGGCAGUACCGAAUCUGCUAGCAGAAAUUUUACGGCGUUACUCACAGCAUGAUCUUUUUGCAGCAUUUAACUACCUUAGAGAGAAUAAAAUCAUGGUUGGGGGUAACGGGACUCAACCUUUUGAACUUUCACUGCAGUUCUUGCAUGGUGUUUCUAAGUCAAAAUUUCCAAUUAAUACUGGAAAGAGAGCUGCUAAAUUUACUAGUUGGCUCCAUGAAAAGGAAAAAGAUCUUAUGGAGAGGGGUAUAAAUCUUUCUGAAGAGUUACAUUGUGGUGACAUUUUCCUUUUGUUUGCUCUAGUUUCUUCAGGUGAACUGUCCAUUUCUCCACACUUGCCCGAGGAAGGUGUUGGAGAGGCUGAAGACCUGAGAAACUUGAAACGUAAAAAUGAUAACAAUGAAUCUUGUGUUAGUGAUAAGGCUAAGAAACUAAAAACUUCAUUGGCAAAUGAGGGUGAAAUUAUUUCUCGUCGGGAAAAAGGUUUUCCUGGCAUCAUGGUAUCUGUACGUCAUGCAACAAUUGCGAUAGCCGAUGCUGUAGAAUUGUUCAAAGAUGAGAGUAGCUGUACUUGUGAACUUUUUCUUGAUGGGAAUGAUCCAUCCACCAUUGCUUUGGGUCAGAGCAGUAGCUCCCCGCAUGCUGAACAUAUGAAGGAAAUUCUUAAUUCAGAUGCCUUUGUCCCUGUAGCCAGGCAUCAUAGUGAGUCACCUUGGGAAGCUAUGGCAGGCUUUGCUGAACAUUUGAUGUCAAAACCUUCUGAUCAAGAACAAGUAAGUCCCAUCCAUCCUGAGGUUUUUAGGACUGUUUCUGCUGCCAUUAAGAAGGCUGGUGACCAAGGUUUGAGCAUUGAAGAAGUUUCCCGACUCAUAAAUAUGCCAGAAAAAAGGAUCCCUGAACUUAUCAUUGACGUGCUACAAGCAUUUCACCAAGCCUUCAAGGUCAAUGCUUAUGACUCCGUUCGCGUUGUUGAUUCUCUAUAUCGUUCCAAGUAUUUUUUGACUUCAAUGUCUGAUUUUUCUCAAGAUAUCAAACUACCUUCAUCGAUGAGGUCCUUGGGAAGAACUGAUGACAGCCAUUUGAUCUUCCUGCCAGAAAAUCGUCUUAUUGAUCAUGCUAAUUCACAGAGAAAAAUUAACUUGAGUGAGGGAAAUCUGCACAAAGUGACAAUCCUUAAUCUUCCCGAGGAGGUCACUGAGCCCUCAAAUGAAAAUCAAACAAGCAAUUCACUUGAAGGUUGCAAGCAGGGCAAAAAUGUUUUACCUGCAGGAGAAAAUGAGGAUGAAACCAUUAUAAUCUGUUCUGGUGAAAUUUGUAUGCCAAUAUUGCCAUGGAUAAAUGGAGAUGGGACCAUUAACAAAAUUGUUUAUAAGGGACUUAGACGGCGUGUUCUUGGACUAGUGAUGCAAAAUCCUGGGAUAUUAGAGGAUGACAUUAUUCGUCAGAUGGAUAUAUUGAAUCCUCAGAGCUGUAGAAAACUGUUGGAGUUGAUGAUUCUGGACGAACACCUCUAUGUAAAGAAGAUCCAUCAAACUACAUCCAAUGUGCCCCCUGCCAUUCUUGGUACUCUCCUUGGGAGCAACCUCAGCAUUACAAAAUCUGUUUUUCGUGACCAUUUCUUUGCAAAUCCCUUGAGUACAUCUUUACUGUAGGGAGCUUUAGCUUGCUAAUAUGAUAUUUAUCAGAAGUUCCCAACUGGGCCUUAGCCUAGAAAACAACUUCAGCAUUCGAAAGUUGGUUUUUGCUGAGAAGACUUCUUCCUCUAAAGCACUCUUGUGGGUUUGUGGGUCAGAUUUGGGUAGCAUUGAGUGCAGAUUUCUUGUAUAGUAUGUGUGAUUUAGGAUUAAAGUUUUGAAGCUGACAGACGACUUUCUUUCUUUCGUUACAAUUUUCUGUAUAGCUUCACAUUUUUAUACUUCGGGUUCACUAAAAAAAAAUCAAUAUUUAUAAAGUAGAGAAAUGUACAAACAAAUGUUUUGUAUUGUAAAUUUGUAUUUUAAAUUAAGGAAACCAGUGAACAGGAUACACCAUUCUAUGUUGCUUUUGUAAUUAGUGAAAAGGAAAAUGUUUUGUA